AUGGUACACAUUCCUCCCCAGUGUCCCUUGUGGUUCAAAUCUCCGAACGAUGACGAUAAUGCUCCUAUCUCCCCUCCCAAAGAUGUCAAGGCCUGUAUCCCCGACUUCCCCAAGUUCGGCUUGCACAAUUGUGGUAACCACCGUUACAACACAGAGAACAAAAACAUUCACAUCUACUUCCAACGUUUCCAGCGCAGCGUGCUCCGUGGUCAGUCCCGGAAUCUCUCGGGCUCGAUUGAACUCGCCUGUACCAAGUGCAACACCCUCACUCCCCUUUCUCAUCUGCAUGAUCUGCCCUGCGGAGACUUAGUCUGCCUCGUCUGCCUUCGAAGGCUCAUUGCUCGAGUUUAUGCAAACAUAGCCCAGAAUUGGCGGGCGAUUCGGCACACCCGGAACCAGAUAGAUCAGCUGGAGCGGCAGCUGCAUGAUGCAGAAAUCGGGGGAGAUCCGGAGGAGACUCCCAGCAAUGGCCGUGCCAAGAAGCGCAGACUCUCAUGGCCCAAGAUCUCGGCAUUCACCAACAUCAGGCACGAGAACUUGGAGAAGGAGUGCUUUAAUCUAAGCAAGAGGCUGCUUGAACUGGCUGGCCUGACCUGCUGUGGUGUGAGCAUGAGGCUGGGUCGGCUCCUGGCGUGUCUCCCGCCUGAGACGGCUCGCGACUUGUGGCUCAUUUUUCAGUGGGUGAAGGAUCCGCCAUACAGGCAGCGCGUGUGCGCCUGGCCUGAUUGUGGCGCCUACAUAGCUGCGUGUUGUCGUUGGGAUGUGGGUGCCAGUGGCUACCGAUACCAUUGUGUGGUUUGUCAGGGCAAUUCGCAGGAUUGUUCACGAACAAUUGAGCAGGAGCAGACUAGGUUCCCUUAUUUGCCUAAGGGGCAGCCUGCUCUGACGCCAGCGAGGUAG